CACAGGAAAUAGAAAAUGUAAACACAGAUAUGAAGUAGUAAAAAUCUGGACUGAUAACACAAGAUCCAACGAACUGAUAUGCGAUUUAUGUAAUGGUUAUAAUUGAAAUUUUACUAACAUUUGUCUUUUCAGAUACAUUUUAGGUCUUAUUUUGCAAAGUGGCGGAUUCUCAAAGCGACACAAGUAGCAUAUCCCCGGAAAAGGAUAUUUCGGAUAAACUAACACCUGGGAGUAAUAUUACAGGGUGUAUUAUUGGCCCCAGCUAACACUUACUGACAAUUAACGACUGAUAUCGGAAAUGCCUGAAGCAGACAGAGGGGGUUUGAAGCAAACAUUUCAAAUCAUGUAUGUGUGGCAGGCCGUCAACCUUGUUAUGGCAAUGUUCUUCUCUCUAGCUGCCCUUGCGAAUCUGAAUGAUGACGACUGGUAUUUGUGGAUGCCCCUAUAUGUGGUGCCAGCUCUCUUUGCUGUCAGUGUUGUUGCGCGUCCUCAACUAGCAGAUAACACACUAUGGAACUCGGGGCUGGUGGUGCAUCUCACAUUGUGUUGCGCCUACGCACUCUACCAAGUGGUUCUGCUCCUCGAGGCGUUGUCUGGAAACUUCCAGCAAAACCCUCUUGGACAUGAAGCCGGCAGAGAAAUGGGAGGAUUGAUAAUAAUAAUAGCCUGGUUGGUCAUGUGUAGAUUCACGAGCAUUGCCAGACCGAGUGGCAGCAUUUCAAACAGAAGUCUGAUGAGCGCGCUGCUGCUGAUGUCAGUGACCUUGGCCGUGCUUCCUCUCUUCUUGUGGUCGCUGUGUUUUGUCAGCGACUGGCAUACCCGCAUUGCACAUUGUAGCGGCAUGUUUUCCAAAUGACACAAUGGGCAAAGGCAGGAUGACAUUUACAUUCCUAGCAUACUGUUUGCAAAUAAACACGAUUAUUAAUUCGCAAUGCCAUUUAAACUGAAGAGAAGCUUGAUUUGUACCGUUCAAACAGCAGCUUUAAAUAGUCGGUUUCAACCAUUCGAUGCCGCGUCCUUGUACAAACGCAAUUUAAAUCUUUGAUUUAAUUGGCUGGUUGAAUCGACACCAAUGCCUAUUGCACAUAUAUUGCUACUUUAAGGGUGUAUGGGUCCGUGUCUUUGCAUGAGUCAGUGCCAUGUAUGCCUGGUUGCUCUGUAGUCGGUGAUUUCGGUGUGUGAAGGCGAUUGACGUUUGCAAAUUUGAUACCAGAUUCACUUUGUUAACUCGGUCUGAAUGAAAACCACAAUAAUUGAAUCCUUUAUAGCCUUCAUAUGGUUAAUUAGUUUGCCAACAGUAGUAAAUGAACGUAAUGUCGAUAAUUUUAUGAUCAAAUAUUGUGAUUGAAAAUAAUGAUUGUGUAUGAAAAAAUGAUAAUGUGAUAUUGUGUUGUGCAAAUUCAGACAAUAUUAUUUUAGCUUUGUAGAAAUGCUGAAGAGAGAUAUAAUGUUCUGUAAACUAAUUAUUUACAAACAAUUUUAAAUGGCGAUGUUUCGGGUUAGCCUUCUUAACCUUUUUUUAUUUUUUGAUAACCUAACGGAGUAUAAGAAUUUUAUUUCUUGAUAAUUUUACAUACGAUGCCAUGUCUUGUCAACGUUAAAAUACCGAUGUUUAUGAUUUGUUGUUCUUUCAUAUUUGUAAUUUCCUGGAAAUAUUGAAGGGGGAAAGUAAUUGUUUGCAAAAUUAUUAAAUUUAUUGUAAUUGCAUUGAAUGUUUUCGAGCCAGGAGUACAAAUUUCUCAUUCAAAUGGAGUCCUGUCAUGAAAUAAUUAAUUUUGGUUGUGUAGAAAUUGAAAAAUAUAUAGAAAUAUGAAUGAUUUCUUAUGAUUUCCAUGUUUAUGUAUACGAAAGUCAAAUGAUAUUGUACUAACUUUGAUGAAUUGCAAUUGAACAAUUUUCAGUUCAUCCUUUAUAUGUUAAUAAUAUAAGUCUCUCACUGCAUAGUACAGUUGUAAUGUUGAUAUAAUUAUAUGUUAAUGUAACACAAAAAAAUGUUAAGUUACAAUACGUGGUAUAAAAUAUGUUCUGUUCUAUGAUAUAAAUGAAAACGUUGUUUGAAAAAAAAAACUGCGCUUUCCCAGCUUGCCAAAUUGAACUGUGUUGACACUGUAUGUGCUUCAAUGGCAAUAAAUAAUAUUAUAUUUUA